AAAGGCAUUAACAUUACCAGAUACGAGAAAAAAGAAGAAGGAAUAAGCAGCAGAGGUGGUUCUGUUCCUCCAAAUGGGUGUCAACAAAGAAAUGAUUCCGGCAGAGUAUGACCUCAAUGCCAAAUGGGACGCAUGCCUUGAUCUCACUGUUCGCCGCUUCGUUUACUCCUCAUUUGCCGGUGCAUUUGCCGGUCUCUUAUUUUGCAGGAGUCCUCUGACUCGCUGGGCAUCUAUUGCUUUUGGUGCUGGAGUUGGAAUUGGAUCUGCAUACACAGAAUGUUCUCGUCUGUUUGAUGGACCUCCAACGAAGUUAGCACUACCUAAUGUCUCAGAGACUCCUACUCAGAAUGUGCAGGACUCUGAGUAGAUGCUAUAACAGGUCCUGGUUCCUGGACAGUGAAACAGAAUUUUCUUUUGAUGGUUCUUUACACCAUUAUAGUUGUUGAAGAUGUUGUAAUACCAUGAUUUCAUAAAUGAACAACAUCAUGUAUGGAGAUUUCAUUCCCAAGCUAUUAUCCUUUUGUUCUCCUGUAAUCUCGCCCUACGAUUAUGUGAAGGGUUCUAAAAAGUAACUGAUUUGAUUUUCU